GCAGAAAGAGAGAAGAAACACAAAAAUUGGACUUUGGUUUGAAAUUGGCGACAUUUUUGGGAAAUCUAGAGACUAAUAAUCAAUUUCGUCAAAAGAUCAAAUCUUGCUAAAUUUUCUUCUGCUCGUUUGAUUUUCCGAAUCGUUGGUUUCGAUAAGUGAAGAAAAGAUGGGGAAUUUGUUCGUGAAGAAACCACAGAUCACGGAGGUUGAUCGAGCGAUUCUCUCUCUCAAAACCCAAAGACGCAAGCUUGGUCAAUAUCAGCAGAAGCUUGAGAAAGUAAUUGAAGCGGAAAAGCAAGCUGCAAGAGACUUAAUCCGUGAAAAGCGAAAGGACAGAGCUUUGUUAGCAUUGAGGAAGAAACGAACUCAAGAAGAGUUAUUGAAGCAAGUGGAUCAAUGGGUCAUCAAUGUUGAACAACAAUUAACAGAUAUUGAACUUACGAGCAAACAAAAGGCAGUGUUUGAGAGCUUAAAGCAGGGUAAUAGUGCUAUUAAGGCCAUUCAAAGCGAAUUGGACCUUGAUGAUGUUCAAAAACUAAUGGAUGAUACUGCUGAUGCUAAAGCUUAUCAAGAUUGUGAAAACCUCUAUAAUCUUUUUUGUCGAGCUUUUGUGUUUGAUGACUCUAUUUACAUUUCCGAAUGUCAGGAGCUGAACGCUAUAUUGGGAGAGAAACUAUCAGCAGAGGAUGAGGAAGAUAUAUUAGCAGAAUUUGACAACCUAGAAAGUCAGCUUAUUGUUGAUGAGAUGCCUGAAGUGCCUACAAAGGAGUCUGAAGAAUCUGAGAAGCUGGAUCUUCCGGAUGUGCCAACAAAAACUCCUGUCGCUUCCAAUGCGGAAAUCACACCAGCUGAGUCCGCCACAAAAACAAAAGUUCUCGAAGAACCUUUGCCGGCUUGAGCUAGAAGAAACUGAUCAGCAAUACGAUUUUAUCAUUCUUUUACCAGUUUUUUCUUUGGUGCUCUCUGAAGUUUUCUGUAUAAUCUUUGAAGUCGCUGUCAUUUGUAAAGAACAAGAUAUAUUUGGAAUCCCAUUGUGUUUCGGGAAAGUUAGCACAAUUAACUUACUCUUUGGUU